CGGCUAUCAGAUAAUUUAGCUCCGUUGUCAUAAGCUCAUCGUACCGUAUUGUGUUUUUUUUAUUUUCGUCAUUAUAAAAUAAAGUAUUUUUUAUUUUUCUGCUACAAGAAUCCUUAAAACUUGUCUAACAAUCUCGGUUAACGAUAUUCUAAACCAGCCAUCGUCUGCAGGAGUGAAUAAAAUAAAAAAUAAAAAAAAAAAGUAAGUUCAAGUUUCAAGCACUUGGUCAGGAUAAGAGAAGAUUUGAAGAUUCCAAGUAAAUCUAUUCAACCGAGUAGUACUAUCUACAAACAAGAUGACGGAUACAGAUCGCGGACUACUUUAUCUGUAUGAUCGACCGUCUGAGCCGGUUUAUGUUCCCAAAGGCGAUGAAAAAGUUGCCUUCGACAUCCCUGCUGAAUAUUUGCCGGAGAGAUACCAAGCAGUUGCCGUGCAAGUGUUUAAUCGAUUUGGCGAAGAUACCGAUUCUAAAAUUCCCGUUAAGCAAAUCAGUUUGCCAGACUUAACGAUUCCGAUGCAGCUGGAUCGGCGAACGCCUUUUUCGCUUUUCAUUCCGGCGCAUCGUAAAAUAGCCGGCCGGCUUAUUGACAUUUUCAUGGGUAUGCGAACUGUCGAAGACUUUCUUUCAGUGGCCGUUUUCUGCCGCGAUCGUCUGAAUCCAAACAUGUUUAUUUACGCGCUCUCGGUCGCUAUUUUGCAUCGCCCUGACACAAAACAUCUGUCGGUUCCGUCAUUCGCUGAAGUAUUCCCGGACAAAUAUGUCGACAGCGGAAUCUUCUCACGUGCAAAAGAAGAGGCCAAUAUUGUUCCAGCUGGUUCUCGGGUGCCCAUUGAAGUUCCACGCGAUUACACGGCAUCUGAUCUAGAUGAAGAGCAUCGUGUUGCUUAUUGGCGCGAGGAUGUCGGCAUUAAUCUUCAUCACUGGCACUGGCAUCUAGUUUAUCCUUUUGAAGCAGAUGCACGAAUUGUCAACAAGGACAGACGCGGGGAAUUAUUUUAUUACAUGCAUGAGCAGAUAAUGGCCAGAUACAACUGCGAGCGUCUUUGCAACAACCUGAAUCGCGUCCAGCGACUUAACAAUUUGCGCGAGCCAAUUCCCGAAGGGUACUUUCCCAAAUUAGAUUCAUUAGUUGCCAGCCGUACGUGGCCAUCCCGUCCAGCUGACACCAGACUCAAGGACAUCAAUAGACCCGUCGACUCUCUUCAAGUGGACAUCUCGGAUCUCGAGAGAUGGAGGGAUCGGGUGUACGACGCUAUCCACACUGGAUCUGUAAUGACUUCACGGGGCCAGAGGAUUGAACUGACCGAAAAAGGUGGAAUAGAUGUUCUCGGUAACAUUAUCGAGGCCAGUAUUUUAACACCCAAUCCUAAUCUUUACGGCGAUUUUCAUAAUCUCGGGCAUGUCGUCAUUUCUUAUUGUCAUGAUCCGGAUCAUCGCUAUCUCGAAUCCUUCGGAAUAAUGGGCGACUCUGCAACGGCAAUGAGGGAUCCUGUUUUCUACAAAUGGCACGCUUUCAUCAAUGACAUUUUCCUAGAACACAAAAAUACUUUACCAGCUUACGAAGUAAAUCAGCUGAACUUCAACGGAGUUGCCAUAUCAAAUUUGCAAGUAGUCACUCCGAAUCAGAGCCCGAAUACCCUAAUUACUUACUGGAAUCAAAGCGACUUGGAUCUGUCUCGCGGUCUUGAUUUCACGCCUCGCGGAGCAGUUCUGGCACGCUUUACUCACUUGAAUCACGCGUCAUUCCUCUACCGGAUCCAAGUUACCAAUAGCACUAACUCACCCCAAACAGGAACAUGCAGAAUUUUCAUCGCGCCUAAAUUCGACGAGCGCCGCUUACCCUUUUCAUUCAGCAUUCAAAAAGAUCUCAUGAUUGAAAUGGACAAAUUCACAGUCCAGCUUAACCCGGGUCAGAACACAAUCGAACGCAGAUCAACAGAAUCAUCGGUAACAAUACCCUAUGAAAGUACCUUCCGAAAUUUGGAUUUAAAUAGACCAGUCGGUGAGGCUCUUGAACAAUUCAACUUCUGUGGGUGUGGGUGGCCCCAGCACAUGCUCUGUCCUCGUGGUCGUAAGGAAGGCUUCCCAAUGGAAUUGUUCGUCAUGAUUUCAGAUUACAAGGACGAUGAGGUGCAACAGGACGAGCCACGUGGUUGCAAAAACGCAGCAAGUUACUGUGGACUCCGUGACAGAAAGUAUCCGGACAAUCGUUCCAUGGGAUAUCCAUUUGACCGACGACCACGUAAUGGGGUUCAAAACUUGCAGCAAUUCCUCACCGGAAACAUGCGAGUGGUGGAUAUAAGCAUCAGAUACAAUGACGCUGUGGUGCCACGAGUUAGAUCUGGCAGCAUCGAUAAUGGUUUGACUUUCGCCUAAAUUACCAAUACCUAUGACUGUUUCCAUGUGCGCAUCGGCUGACUCUUUAUGAUUGUUAUCACGUUUCGCACUUAUCUAUGUUUAAAAUAUACAAGAUAACAAUAAAGUUGCGAUAAUAUUAAGCAAAUUUAAAAUGGUGUUUUUG